CAUCAUCAGAGUUUCUGUGGCAAAAACUAUGGGUUCCAUCGAAGAAGAGCAACUCCUCAUCGAACAAGGCUCAAUACAGGAGGAACUCAAACUAUAUGCAGAAGAUGGUUCCAUAGACAUCAAUGGAAACUCACCGUUAAAGCACAAAACUGGAAACUGGAAAGCUUGUCCUUUUAUUCUAGGCAAUGAAUGUUGUGAGCGGUUGGCUUACUACGGUAUUGCUCUCAAUCUCAUCACUUAUCUCACCGCUGAACUCCACCAAGGAAACGUUUCCGCCGCCAGAAACGUCACGACAUGGCAAGGAACUUGUUACAUCACUUCUCUCAUUGGAGCCGUCUUAGCUGAUGCUUACUGGGGUAGAUACUGGACCAUUGCUUCUUUCUCCUCCAUUUAUUUCAUCGGAAUGACUGCUCUGACUCUCUCUGCUUCGGUUCCAUAUCUGAAACCCUCUGACUGCAUCGGAGACUUCUGCCCAUCACCAACCACAACUCAGUACUUAACCUUCUUCCUCGGGCUUUACCUUAUAGCUCUCGGCACGGGAGGAAUCAAACCGUGCGUCUCCUCCUUUGGUGCUGAUCAGUUUGACGACAAGGACCCGAGUGAACGUGUUAGAAAGUCUUCUUUCUUCAACUGGUUCUACUUCUGCAUUAACAUCGGAGCAUUUGGAUCGUUUCUUCUUGUGUUUGUUCAAGAGAAUAUCGGCUGGGGAUUAGGUUUUGGUACACCAACUGUGUUCAUGGGAUUAGCUAUCAUCAGUUUCUUCUUUGGCACUCCACUCUAUAGGUUUCAGAAACCUAAAGGUAGUCCCAUCACAAGGAUUUGUCAAGUUCUUGUCGCUUCAUAUCAUAAAACGAGUCUUAAAGUCCCUGAAGACACAACACUUCUGUAUGAAAACGAAGCACAAGAACCGAGUUCAGUGGUCAUUGCUAGUAGGAAACUCCAGCAUACUGAUGAUUACAAGUAUCUUGAUAAAGCUGCUGUUUUAUCAGCAGAAGAAGCAAGAUCCUUAGAUUUAUACAAUCCAUGGAGACUAUGCACCGUUACACAGGUCGAAGAAGUCAAGAUUCUUAUUAGAAUGCUCCCCAUAUGGGCUUCAGGUAUCAUCUUCUCAUCUCUCUACGCUCAAGCAACCACCAUGCUUGUCCAACAAGGAAGAGCCAUGAACUGCAACGUCGGCUCUUUCAAGAUUCCUCCAGCGACUCUCGGGGUCUUCGACUGCAUCACCGUCCUCAUUUGGGUCCCACUCUACGACCGGUUCAACGUCCCGGUCGCUAAACUUCUCACAAGAACCGACAAUGGCUUCACCGUGCUUCAAAGAAUGGGAAUAGGUCUUUUCAUCUCUAUCUUCGGUAUAGCAGCAGCAGCUAUACUUGAGAUGGUUAGGCUCGGUAUGGCGAAAACCGGAACCGAGGUUUCUUUAACCGUGUUUUGGCAGCUUCCGCAGAUUUUUAUAUUUGGUGCAGCAGAGGUUUUCUACUUUGUAGGACAGCUUGAGUUCUUUUAUGGUCAGUCACCAGACUCGAUGAGGAGUGUGUGUAGUGCGUUGGGAAUGUUGGCUAAUGCGUUGGGGAGUUACUUGAGCUCGUUGAUUCUCACGGUUGUGACUUAUGUCACGACCAAGGACGGUGGAGAUGGGUGGAUUACGGAUGAUCUAAACGAGGGACAUCUUGAUUACUUCUUUUGGUUACUGGCCGGUUUAAGUAUUUUGAAUGCAUUGGUUUAUGUUUUCUCUGCUGUUAAUUACAGUUACAAACAGAAGACAACGUUGUAGAUGUGACUUUUGUAUGUAUGCAUGGUUUACCUUUUCUUAUUAGAACAUAAAAAUUAUCAAAUUCAUCUGUUGAAAUUCGUCAUUUUCAUUUGAUG